UUUCAAAUUCCUCGCCGGAAUCCUCUGUCCCUCGCCGGAAAACCGCGCCAAAAACCCCCUUUUUGAUUUUUUCGGCCAUUUUUUGUCAUCUUUUCACCAAACCAACAACAAACCCACCCUUCCUCCACCAAAAUCGGCCUAUCCCUCCAUUUUGAGGAGAUUUGGCCGACGUUUUUGUCGCCGGAGGCGAUUUCCGGCGAGGCUCCGACGAGCACUUCCGGGCACUUUUUCGGCUUUUCGUCGCUUCCAUCGCCUUCCCCUUAUCAUCCCCUACACCUCUACUUGAGUCUCCAGGUUUGAUUUUGCCCUUAACUAUGUUAAUUGUGGAGAAUUGGGUGUUAGGGUGCAUAUUUAGAGAACCCCAUUGAAUCUUGUGAUUUUUGUGCAAUUGAUUGAGGGGAAUGCAUGGAGUGUGUUUGAAUUGUGUUGAGCUAAGUCCCUCUUGAUUGUUUGAGCCCUUGUGUGCAAGAAUUGUGCCAAUUUCAUGUUUACCUUAAUAAUGCACACAAGGUGUUCGAUAAAAUGCCUGUUUUCGUACCAUUUUGUGGGGGUCGGUUGGGGCCCUUAAUGAUGUGCUUUGAGGGUGUAUUUGGUAUGGAUGUGAACCUUAAGUUGCCUACUUGUUCAUGGAUGUGCACCCCCCACUCAGAUUAUGCUUGAUUUAUCGAGUUUCUGACCCCCAAACUAUGGAGGAAACCAUGGUUAGGCUGUUUUCUGUUCUUAAGUGUGGGGGUGUGAUUAACAUUUUUCUUGGCUGUUUUGGUUCCACUUUGGGCUGUUCUUUUGCAGGAUCAUGUCGAAGCCCAACCUCCGGCAUCAGUAUGUUCAAGAUUUGAGAAGGGGGGCCCACCGGGAUCGUUUUCAGAACGUCCUGGCCUGCAAGUUUGGGCAGCACCAUUACUGGUCGAAGCGCGAGUUGGAGAAGCUCAACUGCUACGAGCACCUCUCACCCGUUGUCACCAACAAAUACUGGCGCCGCCUACUCAGCAUCCGCGCGACGGUUUACUAUGAGCUCGUGCUUGAGUUCUACACCACCUUCAAGCACGCAGCCAUGGCCGAUUGGAAGGACGAAGCUGCAGUCCAGUUCCGACUCGGCGGUGAACCACGCUCUAUGAGUUACGACGAGCUGGCGGACGCCCUGGGCCUCAACUUGGUAAAUGACAGGGACUUCAUCACAGAGGUCGCCGAGCCCGACAGGGUGGACUUCGGGAGGCUGUACUUCAGCCUCGCUCGGCCACAUCAGCUUCCCUUCAAGGCGGGGAAGACGAAGGCCACCACAUUGCAGCUCGAAAACCGUCUCCUCCAUCACAUGCUGGCCAAGUCUUACACCCCAGCCUCAGACAGUGCCAGCGCCAUCACCAAGAGAUCCCUGUACUUCAUUCAGUCCAUGCGCCAGAGGGAUCAUCCCCUGCACUUGGGCUCGGUGGUGGCGAGGACCUUCGAGAAGAGUGCUUCUGAGCUGAAGAGACUCCACUGCACUCCUCUCAUCACCUGCCUGGCAGAGUACUUCCAGAUAUCCCUGCAGGGGUGCACAGAGCAGGGAGCGACCACCCCCUUUGGCCGGGCUACGCUUACCAAGAUGCUCCUGCUUCGAGAAGAGCGAGGAGUCAUGUGGAUCGAGGGGUUUCCUCAACCUCAUUUUCCAGAGGCGGUCCAGCAGGAGGCUCCCGAGGGUGCAACUGAUGAGGAGGUCCAGCCCGAGGACGUGGAUGACACUGCUGCCGCCCGCCCCACCACCUUCGAGUACGGGGGUGGCAGUUCCAGUUUCCCGGGGCAAAAUUACUUCACCUCCCAGUUCGAGCAGCUGCGUCUCUAGAACCAGCAGAUCAUCGACCAUCAGAUUCAGUUCCAGCAGCAGUACGCGGCUCACCAGGCCGAGUACCACCAGAGGAUGGCGGGUUACGAUGAGAGAUUGGACCAGCUCCAGACCCAGCAGGGAGUGACCCUCGCCCACAUCGAGCGAGAGAGGCGCCGUUCUCGGCGCAUGUAGGAGGUCCAGCAGCAUCUGCUCCAGCUGCUAGUGGGCGAGCAGCCAGUCUGGAGGACUCCCUGGGAGGACUCUCCACUUCCACCUCCCCCUGCGGAUGGUGAUGAUGGUUCCGAUGGUGGUGACGCCUUCAUGAACGACAUCAAUUUCAAUCUGGACGACCUCGGCGACGAGUAGGCUGUACUCGUUGCCCAUCUCAGUGUGUUUUGUUUUUCGUUUUAGACUUGUGUGUGUUUGCUCCAUGUGUGAGGAGCUUGAACUUAGUGUCGUUUGUUUUUGUUUUUUUCUUUUGUGGAUUGUUUUUGCUGUAGUCGUCUGGGCUAACACUUAUCCCUAACACAACGUGUGCUAGUGUGUUCUUGGUGUUCGAUUCGUGCAGAACUGUCCAUCUUCCCGUUUGUUUCUCGCUGACUGGUCCACUUCCAGUCCCCCAGCAGUUUCAAUCCGGUAACAUCGUUCCCCUUCUCUAUCCAUCUGCUCCAUUGAGGGCAAUGUCGUGCUUAAGUGUGGGGGGGUGCUUUGUAUCGGUUGGAAUGUAUAUAUGUGUGCUUGGAGCCUAGUCCACUGUCCAAAUCUCGAGAUUUGAGGGCUCCAAGUACUGCUGUUUGAUCAUAUUGGCACUGUGUUUUGAUUGAUGAAUUGAAUGGUUUUCGGAUUGAUGCAUGACAGCUUGAUUGUGACUAGGACAACCUAUGAUGAGGACUAAGACGUGCAGUAGAGUUGUGUAGGGGUUCAGUUUUUCAACUGUUUGCUUACCAACUAUGACUUGGAUUGAUUACUUGUUCUCGACAGUCUCUUAUGCAUCUAGUUCAGGGUAUCAGAAUGUGAGAUAGAGCAUAUAGGUAGCCAUGUGAGAUUUGAGCCUGCUCGUUUCUUUCUUGUGCGAUAGAUCCCUCUUCCAUGAUGUGUAGCAUUCACGUUGUCACUAGCUAGGAUGAUGGGGGCAUAGGAUUAGCCCACGACCAAAUUUGACUGUCCUGAUGUGUCAUAUCCCCUAGUCAGCCCUUUUGAGCCGUGUGUUAUCCUUUCUUUUGGUCUGAAAUGAAAGAAAAAAAUCACCUUGUUUACAUCUUUUAGAAGGUACCACAGAGUGGUUUUUACAUAUUCUCUGCUGUUUCUGCUAAACUUGAUGUGAGUGUUGGAGGUAGUGCUUAAAAGUUGAGCUGGGCAGGUGUUUGAAAUAUAUGCAGAAGUGGUGGCUCUCUUAAGAAAAGAAAAGAAAAUGAAAGAAAAACAAAGAAAAAUUAAAAACAAAGAGAGCCACUACCAAAAAUCUGAAUAAUGCCCAGUAUGUAGUGUUUCUUAGCGGUCUGGCUUGGAAAUGCUGACAUUUUUACCUCCUUCGCUCUUGUGCUCUUGAGAUAUUGAGUAAUGCAGAAUAGCAGAAAGGAAAUACCUGUUUGUUUGACUGUGAUUGUUUGGGUUUGGAAAUGUGGAACCUUGUGCUAUGAAUACUUCCACCACCUAAAAGGCCUUUUCCCCAUGUCCAAGACCCUAGCCACUCAUUUGAACCUGUGUCUAAGACCUCCUGAUUAGUUAGUGGUGACACCCCAUAUGUGAACUCUAGUAUUUAGAGGCUGCCAUCAUGGUGAAGAGAUGUUAGGGAUUGAGAGAAAUAACAUGUGCAUUUUUCG